CCCUGGUCUAUGUGGAAUGCGCUCUUAAACCCUUUAUCCACUGAAUUAUAAUCAAGAUGGCCUCUCGUCUAGUCCUGGUCAUCGGUGACCUUUUCAUCCCUGACAGAGCUCCCGAUCUCCCUGCCAAGUUCAAAAAGCUCUUGACGCCAGGCAAGAUCGGCCAGAUCCUCUGUCUGGGUAACCUGACGGACCGCGAUACCUUCGAGCUCCUCCGCGGAGCCGCCCCCGAUCUACAAUUAGUCAAAGGUGAUUUUGAUGUCGAUUCGCCCAAUCUGCCUCUCUCCAAGGUCGUCACACACGGUAGCCUCCGGAUCGGUUUUACGCAUGGCCACACCAUCAUUCCCUCGGGAGAUGCGGACGCCCUACUCAUCGCCGCACGUCAGAUGGAUGUCGAUAUCUUGCUGUGGGGAGGUACACAUCGCUUCGAGGCGUUUGAGAUGGAAGGUCGUUUCUUCGUGAAUCCCGGAAGUGCUACCGGAGCCAUGAGCACGGGGUAUUGGCCUGAGGGAGAGGAUCCUACACCCAGUUUCUGCUUGAUGGAUAUCCAAGGCGAUGUGCUUGUGCUUUAUGUCUAUCAGCUCAAGACGGAUGCCAACGGAGCCGAAACUGUUGCGGUCGAGAAGGUGUCUUUCCGUAAAAACGCCGUUCCCGCUUCAUGAAUUAUGCCUUUGUUGUUCUCGCUCGAUUGUAUAUAUCCCAGACGUUUGCCCAUGUUUAUUUGAUUCCAGCGUCGAGUUCUCGUCAGUAAUACUAGAUUUAUGAAUUGGCU